CUUUCAACAAGAUAUUCAUAUAACGUAUACGAUUUUCUAGUGGACAACCAGACCGGCGAGAAGCUAGAAUUAACCAGGGUAGACAGGAGGCAAAUGGGGGCUUAUCUUUGCAUAGCGAAAAACGAAGUGCCUCCGGCAGUCAGCAAAAGGGUUAAUCUAAAAGUAAAUUUUCCCCCGAGCGCAAAGGCACCCAACCAGCUGCUCAGCUCUCCUCUGGAUACAAACGUGUCGCUAAUCUGCUUGAUCGAAGCUUAUCCCAAGACGAUUAACUUGUGGAUGCGGAAGGAGCAAGUUAUCAUGAGCGGAGGCAGGUACGAAAUCGACGAGCGGGGAAACCCCGACGAGGAAUGGAAGACGACGAUCGUGUUGAAGAUAAGACGCUUGGAGAAAACGGAUUUGGGCGAAUACACGUGCUCGGCUUCCUCAAGUAUGGGAAAAGCCGAAGCGACCCUCCGAGUUUACGAGAUUCAGGCACCAACCGAGCCUACCCGCACCACCUCGACCAACUCGAAGCGACUGAACCGGAACAGGUCAAAGGCUGUGCAGGGCACGGCCAAUCGGAUUCCACAUCAGCAGGUGAGCACGCCGGCCAUGCAAAAGAGCACCGCCCGAUGGAUCUAUAAACACGUGACCACGACGACUACCGCGGAUCCGCGCGUAUCUCUAAUGAAGGGCAACGUAGUCAAGCAGAACCACCGCAACGACCAGAACCACCAGGAUCUCAAGGAUCGCAGCGACGCGACCGCGGUCGCGGUCGCUGGCAAGCGGGUCAUUCUACCGCUCUGCCUGAUACUAUUCUCGACAAUGGUGCGAUAAGGAACAAGACAACAAGAGUCACUAAUUCGUGAGAAAAGCUAAUAUAACGAGUCGGCAACAGAAUUGUAUUCAUCGAUCCGACAGGACGAGCAAGAGCGCGAGGAUGCUCACGGAAGAAGCCGGAUCUCCUAGCAACGCAGAAGGAAAUGAUUCUAAGACAACGACUACGAGGGUGAGCUGGCUGAGAGAAAGCGAUGGUUCGGUUUAAUUAGCCCAGAUCGAUGGUCUCGAGCGGCGAGGAAGAAAAAAAAUCGUGGGAACAUUUGGACGCUUUCACGCGCGCGAAAGAACAGAAACUACGGCAGAAGAAAAGAAUUUGAUCCGCUAAUAUGAGCGUCGCCCGAGAUAACCGCCGCGGAUUUUUACCAAAAGACGCUUACAAAUGUAUUUUUUAUGACCCUUUUAUUCGUUGCUAACGUGAAAAAAAUUCGUGAGCAAAAAAUCUGCUCUUUGAUAUGAUUAAAUAAUAUAUAACGUUAUAAUUUUACUCUUAAAACUCACUCGGGCGGUGGAGAAUGCUAUAUUAAUCCAAUAAAAGCCUCGUCAAUUUUUAAAUAUUUCUUCUUUUUUUAUUGAUUUCGAAUUUAUUGCAUCUGCAAAACUGCCGUGAAAUGUUUUAUUGUUCUUGUUAAAAAUUAAAAAUCGCAAUAAAAUCUAAAGAAUGAUGAACGAAAAAGAGAAAAAGAAGCAAUAUUUUAAAUUGCCAAAUAAAUUGACCGCUGUCCGAGAAUUAAAUACACGAGAAAAAGAUUCUGUUAAUCAAAAAUGAUCGUUUCUCUUGGAUUUUUGUAAUAUUAAUAGGUGAUAAUUUAGGCGAUUACAUAACGUUAGCGUGAAAAGCCUUACAUAUGCAGGGUGUCUAUUUCAAAUGAACUGUCGCUGUCGCCAGCGAGAAGAGAAUAAUUUCACGGAAUUGAUCGAAUUGCCAAUAGAUAUAACUUGCAACAGUGACGGUUCAAGUGAACAUCCCUUACGUUGCUAUUGAAUAUUGUCUCUUUAUCGAUUAAUCAUCACCGACGUUCUUCGGACAAUUACGCGUCGAUCAUACCCAAACGCAAGACAAAUAAUUAGCAUACUAAUUUGUAUGUAAGAGAUAAGUACGAGAUAUCUUUGUUUAUUGUGAUGUAAGAGAGUGAAUUUGAUGUAUUUGAUGACAUCUCUCUAGCGAGCGUUGUCGCGUUUCAUAUCCGAAAUAAAAAAAAUCAUAUCCGUAGCGCAUAUAAUAGCGUAUCAAAAAAAAAAAAAAAAAAUCUACUCUAGGAAAUUAUACAUAUAGACAUCACUUUGGUUACUUUGAGUAUUUUUUUAAAUUACUCGUAGACAAGAUACUGUACCUUUAUAUAUGUCGAUAAUGAAGCAAAGACCAUGUUAUAGGACUAUAAUAUAUAUAUGAAGUGGUUAAAAUUGCGAGGAAUGAGACCGAUGUGUGUAUUGCUUUCUUGAAUAAGACGCGCUCUUCUAUAUAAGUCGGCUUUCCCAUGCCAGUUUUUUGUAUAAGAUAUGCUCAGCUUCUCAUUUUGAGAAUCGCGGAUGUGUACAUUUUUCAAUAAGGAUAUAUAUAUAUACAUAUAAAUAAUAUAAAUAAUAUAAAUACUCUGGAGUAUACAAUAUACGUAUGCAUACGUUAUUUACAUAUACGCGACACAAUAAUCAGAAGUUGUUAAACAAAUAUUAAACAACCUUAUAUACGCGGUUUGAUUAUUUUCUUGACAUAGCAGUGUGUCAUUUGAUUGAUAUAUUCCUCGCAAAACUACGAACCAUAUCUUGUUCUGUAAUUAAGACAACUGUGUAAAGUGACGCAAAAAUGUCAAAGAGCGUUAAAGUUGAAAGAGAAAAAGUGAUCUGAUGAUCGUUUAAAAAAAAAAAAAAAAAAAACUUAUAAUAAAAAUCAGUGUGGAGUACAAGUCUCUUAGUUGACAUUGAGCGGUUCAUUAUCACGGAGAAGAUAGCAUAUCCCACUCGCACACACGGAGCAAAAAAUAUGUUAAAUUUACCUACAUAAUGAACUCUGUAUAUCACACAGAUGCUCAAUAUAACUCUACAAUAAUAUUAAAGAGAAUGUUGUUGUUUAUAGGAAGGAAAGAGAUAUAUUACGGGAAUACAAUGAGGAAAUGUGCUCAAAUUGGAUAAUAUAUAUAGCUUUGGGGGAAAAAAAACGUGUUGACAAAUAAAAGAAAGAAAAGAAGAACUAUCAUACAUUUAGCAAUGAUGUUCGUUUUGA